CCUGAGGUCAUCAAUUGUUCAGCAAGAACUGGUUUGGAUAUGCUCGCCAAACAUUACACCGAAGCCAUUGGAUUUGAAAUCGUUUUCUUCUUACCAAACCUGCAAGAAGAUUUUGCGUCUUACACUGAAUUUCUCCGCUACCUUGGCUCAAAAAAUCGGGCAGGUGUUGCCAAAUUAGAUGAUGGAACAACGUUAUUCUUGGUGCCUCCAUCAGAUUUCUUAACUGAUGUACUCAAAGUGUCUGGUCCAGAACGGCUUUAUGGUGUUGUUCUCAAGUUGCCUCCGCCAGCUGUUCCUGUUGCAGCAUCAUACAGACAUGAAACUCAGUACAAUCCUCUGCCUUAUAUGGAUCAAGCCCGGGAUUCACCUGCCAAUGCCAGUCACAGUUUAUAUCCUCCUAGGGAAAAUUACAACAUGGGUGCACCAGAACAUUUGACAGCUCCUUCAAAACCAUCCGUUAGCGAGCCUCUCAGAAUACCUAACAAUGCAGCGCCUCAAGCUGGGGUUAGUUUAACUCCGGAGCUUUUAGCGACUCUGGCAUCUUUUCUCCCUGCAACUUCUCAACCUACUGCCCCCGAGAGU